CGGUGGAUGCAUUUGAAUGGUUCAAAAACUUCAGAGAAACGACAGCCAACGUUCAAGAAGUGCUGGCCUAGUUCAGAGUAACCUGUUUUUCACGUUCUGGAUUGGCACAUCUCAAGGAAAUACUUGACAAUUGACAAAAUGCUCCGUCUACCGAAGUUGUGACGAGUGAUAUGUUUGUCUAUCGAAGGCAAUUCUCGAAGGUCAAGAAGAAAAAUCCCAAUGGCCUCUUGUGAUUUCACCUGCAUCUUUCAAAGACCAUGAAGCAGGUGGAUAUUAGAAAUAAGGCCGAAUUAGAUAAGAAAGGAUACCAAGUGCACUGCAGAGUACACAGUCCAGGCAAGGAAAAGAGGUCCUCUCUUUGCAAGAGGAAGUCUUCUCUAUCCCAGGAGGUGGCCUUGAAGCUGCAGUGUAGAGCAUCCAAUGUUGAUCAAACACGUAAACCUGGCAUGGCCAAUAAAGAAAACGAGGUGACAUGCUCGGAUGUGAGGGGCAAUCACUACAAGCAUAAGAGCAGGCCGUCUGUGAACGUCACAGAGGCCUCUAAGAUGGAAGGUCCCAGCUCUAAGUACAGCGAUUUUACUGAGUUAUCAAAGGACCAUGAAGCAGUGACUCACAUUCUCUUUGGAAGGAACCUUCGACUUAAAGUGGCCCUCACACUUUGGCGAAGAAACCCCGUUGAAUUAGUGGCUUAUCUGAUUGUAAUUCAAGACACAGGAGUGCUGCUUGACCUAUUACCUGUCAUAACAAACAACCUUCUAACUGAAACAUCAUAUUUUUCACUUGGAUGCUGUGUUGACCUCAUACCCCAAGUAAAAGUGAUCCUAUCCAGUAAAUAUGAAGAACAGAUAAUUGUGGGUUUACACUGGGUUCAGGCUGUCAUCAGGAAGUGGUGGCCAGACCUUUCAAAAACAGAGAAACAACUGCGGGACAGUUUGGACAACAGGAACAUUAUAGCUUUGAAGCAACGUCUAAGGGACUUGUGGAAGGACGGAUCUAGGUUAUGUCUGCUUUCAGGUUCUACUGGAGAUCUGGCAAAGGAAAUUGAAGCCUAUGUUCUUCAGCUGCCCUGAGUGUUAUCCAUGUAGCAAGGAUGUGACCACUACUGCCGGAUUGCGGCUGUUUUUGUCUGGAUGAUGACAUCUGACAUACGGACUGGAUCAUGGUUUUGUUACUCAAAACCUCUUAACUGAAAAUGAACUCGUCACUUCAAAAACUUGUUAUUGUCGGUGUACACUUAAGCAGGCUUAGGAGCACAUUUCUGCAGAAGAAGCACAGCAAGUGACUGCUUCACAUUGAAGUCGACUGUCUCAAAAAUGGAGGACAAAAUGAGGCCCUCCAGGAGACCAGAUAUGUGUUGCCCUAUAUAGUGCCAAGCUUGUCUUUCAUUACACGUCUUGGCACCACAGAAUUCAAAUGCACUUGGAUUCAUGAAUGGCCCGCUGUUAAGAUGUUUUAAUCCUGCGUCCUUUGGAAUCAGGAACUUGAAUUCCAUCAGUCUUAAGUUAUGAGUGUGCAACUUGUGUCAUACAUGUUUGUCAUUUGAACUUGAUAUGAAAAGUUAUUUUAAUCUUUUAAAAUAAAUUUGAUUUAAAGACAAUCAU